AGAAAAAUUGGUAUUAAAUCAAGUUUAUUGCCAGUUUUUUUAUUUCGCUGUUUUCCAAUUUUGGUUCUGAUUCGAUCGAACAGUUCACCAGGGAGCUAUCAUUUUAAGUUAUCGCUAUUCCCGUUUCUAUUUGAUUUGAAGCCAUUUUUCUUCAACUUCAAACGUUGUUAGCAUUUGCUUUUAUGCUUAGUCAAUGUUCGCUUUUGUAAAUUGCUCAAACAACAAAUCUAGACAAAAUUUAUCAUCGGAUUUCUCGAAUAAAACUGAAACGCUUGCGCAAAUAUAACUUAAACGUCGUUUGCUCUUAGUUUAUCACCAGUAAUAGCUCGACUUCAUAUCAAAACGUGUCUGAAAUUCGUUCAGCCUUAUUGUCGGCAACGUAAAUAAGUAAUCGAGAUUUAUUCAUUUUUGGACGUUUUACUCAGUUAUUUGGACCGAAUAGUUUAGUAGACCAUUGGCAAAUUUUGAUCAAGUCAAAACAAGAGUGUUGGCGGUUCUAAAACAAGUUUACUUUAUAAAUUAUUUUUAAUCAUCAGAAAUACGCCAGAGCAGGACAAAAGUGCCGCACGAUUCAUUAAUUGAAAGAAAAGCGAAGAAAGUCGUAGAUUUUAAUCAGACUCAUAUUUUGAAGAAAAAAAAACAAUUUAAAAGUAGUUAACAACACACAAUAAGAAAUGGCCGAUCAACUGACCGAGGAACAAAUCGCUGAAUUCAAAGAAGCUUUCUCCCUUUUCGACAAGGACGGAGAUGGAACCAUCACCACGAAGGAGUUGGGAACCGUGAUGAGAUCCCUUGGCCAAAACCCGACAGAGGCCGAACUGCAGGACAUGAUUAAUGAGGUGGACGCAGACGGAAACGGAACCAUAGACUUCCCCGAGUUCCUCACCAUGAUGGCCAGGAAGAUGAAAGACACCGACUCCGAAGAGGAGAUCAAAGAGGCAUUCCGAGUGUUCGACAAGGACGGCAACGGAUUCAUCUCGGCCGCCGAGCUGCGUCACGUCAUGACUAACCUCGGCGAGAAAUUGACAGACGAAGAGGUGGACGAGAUGAUCCGAGAAGCCGACAUUGACGGCGAUGGUCAAGUGAAUUAUGAGGAGUUUGUCAAAAUGAUGACAUCAAAGUAGAACCAGUUAUGAACUAUGAACUCAUUUUUGCAACGAAAUUUAAAGCAAUCAUCAAUUCAAUACAUAAAUCAUAACUGAAAAAAUAAUGCGGGUUUUGAUGACAACGGUGAUCAUUUAUUUGCAGAGUGUUUUUCUUUCUUACUUCAAGGGUCGUAUUAUUAUAUAACAUCUAUGAUGCACAGUUUCUUCUCAGAUGUAGAUUUUGUUCUGAAUCAUUUGCCAUUCAAGUGUUGAAAGCCAUUUUGUUUGAAGUCGAAGAGGGCUUUAAAUUGAGAGUAAUUCAAUUCGAAAUACAAGUA